UUGAGACACACAGGGUUUGGGCGUGUGCUGUGGCUCUAAGCGCCCUCUUCUUCUUCUUCUUCCCCCUACACACACACACACACACACACACUGCUCGCAUAUCAGUCGACGCACACCGGCAGCCCGUUGUUCAAUGUUUGUGUUGAUCGCAUCUGCUUGAGUGAAUCUGUGCCGCGGGAGCAGCAGAAGAAGAAGAAGUCGAGCUGAAUGACGAAAACAGUGCUGAGCAGCAGAGCUUUGAGGGGAGCAGCGGGAAGGAUGUCGACAUAUUACUGACUUGUGUUGAAUGUCGUCGAGACGAGUGAACCGCGCCGUGUGUUUUCUUCAGACGCCGCAGCAGUGAGAAUGACGGAGUAUAAGUUAGUGGUUGUUGGUGCAGGUGGCGUGGGCAAGAGCGCUCUGACCAUCCAGCUCAUUCAGAACCACUUUGUUGAUGAAUACGACCCGACCAUUGAGGACUCGUAUAGGAAACAGGUGGUGAUUGAUGGAGAGACGUGUCUGUUGGAUAUCUUGGAUACUGCAGGUCAGGAAGAGUACAGUGCAAUGAGAGACCAGUACAUGAGGACCGGAGAGGGCUUUCUCUGUGUCUUUGCCAUCAACAAUACCAAGUCUUUUGAGGACAUUCAUCAGUACAGGGAACAGAUUAAGAGGGUUAAAGAUUCAGAUGAUGUGCCCAUGGUGCUUGUGGGUAAUAAAUGUGACUUACCAGCACGCACUGUGGACACAAGACAAGCCCAGGAACUGGCCCGCAGCUACGGUAUUCCCUACAUUGAAACCUCAGCCAAGACAAGACAGGGAGUGGAAGAUGCCUUUUACACUCUUGUCCGUGAAAUCAGGCAGCAUAAGCUGAGGAAACUGAACCCGCCAGAUGACAAUGGCCAAGGCUGUAUGAACUGCCGCUGUGUGGUGUCAUGAUCCUGUGAAUGUUCAUUUGACCUGGCUUUCAGAGCGGUGCAGCCUUCCAGACCACAAACACUGCAACACCUACACAGAUGCUGGACAUUAAGAGCAGACUGUGUAAAAGGGAAAUCUUUAAUCUGGCAGCCCUGCAGUCUUCUUAGGGAUUUUCCCAUUUCGCUCCUUCACUGGAGAUGUAAUAAGUUGUACCUCAUUUUAACGGUCUCAACACUGGAGUUGCUACGACUGGAUGAAGCUGUCACACUUAAAUAUAUUUACAUUAAACAACCUAUCUACUCUUAACUGGAAUUAAUAGCUCAGAAAAUAACCUCUCAUAUUGCUUUGUCAGAUGUGGAUGUUAGAAAAAUACUUUACGAGAUGGAGAGGAGAAAUACUACAUCAGUUAUAUUAGCAUAUGUCUGGAUGUGAGAAAGAUUUGUAUUAUCAUUUGCUUAGAGCAAGUCUAACCUAAUAAAAUGUACAUAAUUCAUGGCGUUCUCUUGCAAAGAGGACUUUUAGUCAUAUGCAGUGUAAUUAUCACAGGUUAUGGUGCAAUAGAUUGCAAUUAGAGGCUAAACCUCCGAUGAGUCUUUAUUUUGCACAAGGUUUAGGACAAAAUGUAGAAGUGGAGGACUUUAUUCUUUGUUUGCUUCUGGUUUUGAAUGGGCCUCAGGGUCUAUGUGGCUUGGUAUUCAGAUGUGAUGCUUUUUAUUUAUGAUAGACAAAUGCAUUGCAAAUAAUUGCAUUGGCUAAAGACGUCAGAUCUCUUCAAAUAAUAAUCAUAGUUGUUGGAAAAUGAAUGCAAAGUUACUAUAAACUUAAAUCUUGGACUGAAAAGCCUUGUUGAUAUUCUUGCCAUGCACUGUGCUGUACCCAUGUUCAGGGCAUAAGCUUGAAACUUUUACAUGUAUAUCAUAUAGUCUAAUCUUCUACUGCAUUUCCCCUUUAUGCCAUUCUGAAGUAAAUUUUCCAUGAUUGCGUCAUUAGGGAGUGAAGACUGGUGUAGGUUUAAAUGUGAAAAAUUCAAAUGAAAAAAAAAAACUAAAAACAAAUUGACUGUUUGUAUACCCAUACUGUAAAUUAUCAUAGGGAACAUUAUUUUAUGUCUGCUAUAUUUAUUCAUAGGCAACAUAUGGCCUUGUAAUUGCAGGGAAGAGCAACAGUCUGGACUUUCUCUUUCUUGAUUGCUUAAAGUAGCUCAUGUCUUUUUGCAAAGAACAGAUUUUAUAUCUCAACAAAGAUCUUUAUAGUUCAUUUAUGUGAAUCUGAUUAACUCCUAGCAGUGAGUGUCUUCUCUUUCUGGUAAAAAUUUGAUGAUUUAUCUCUAUAAGGAUUGCGGUGUGUUUUAUUCUCUGACAGUCUAUUGAUUGUUCUCAAGGACACACAUGGACGGAUAUGAUUCUCCCUUUAAAUCACGUCAUUCGCGAUGGAUAUGACCUUCAAGGGUUUCUGACAGAAUGCUGUGAGCAUACACAGAUUUUUUGUUUGUUGAUGAAUUUACUGUCUCUGAUUCCACAGAAUAAUGUGGGUUCAUCAGGUGGCGUGAUUGCUGCCACUUACUGAAUAUCAUUUUAUUUAUAAUAAUGUUGUUAAUGGCCAUUUUCCGUAACACUCGAAUUAACGUUAUGUAAAAUAACCCACAAACACGUGAACGUUCCUCUGUAUCCUGUUUUGAACUUGUCUUACGCCAACUGCUGCUGCUAAAUAAUCUUUAUGUUUUCUUUUAUAAGGGGAUAAAAUGGUAGGACACAGUGUUAUAGUAGCGUUCCACAAAAGAAAAUCCCCAAAAGCUGUCUCGGUUCUGCUAUUAAAUAUAUUGGGUUUUGCAGCAAUUAAUAGGCCACUUAACAAUAUGAGUAUUUUUAAGAAUUUAUUUUUAUUUUGUGUCUAUAACGUGUGAAGACAGCAAUUAAUUUCCUUUUAACAAUAUACGUCAUGUGCCUACUGAUAGCUAUUAUUGUUUAAAGUAAGAAUAUCAAAUAAAGAGGCUUUCCCGG